AUGAGCGCUAUAGCCUUUGCAGUCGUAGGUGAGGAGCAGACUGUGGUGAAGGGAGACCACCCGGGGAUUCGCAUCAUCGACGAAAGCGGAACUAAUGGAUUGAUCACAGGAAUCAUCGCAACACCACAGGACCAGGACCUCUGCAUGCGACUCGACAACCAAAUGAUGGUGAAGCAGUUCAGAGAGUUCAUUGUCAAUCGGAAACGAUCGUCGGUCAACAUUGCUCCAACUCUUGUCCCUGGUUUCACUGUCUCUACCUUCAGAUGUUGCACAGGCGAGCAUGAUAAGAUCCAAGACGGCUAUGGCAAAUACCAGGGCACCUGUCCCGUGUUAGAGGGAGAAAGGAUUUUGGCAAAGCAGUACGAUGUCGAACCGUUCUUACGCGCGCUGUUUGAAUAUGACGUCCUGAAAGGCGAAGUCGACACGUGGCCUGUCGACAACUCUACGCCGGUCCGUAAGCGGCCCAAGAUUCACUCGCCUGCUCAGCGAUACGACCGCGACUUUACACCCGAGCAGGAACAUGGGCACAACUUACUUCAUCAGCAAUAUCGUCAUCAGCAAUUUCGCCAGAACGGGAGUGGAUCAAGUCUAGUACCACCACCACCACUACCACAACCUCAACCAGAGGAACCACCAUUGGAAGGCGCUGAGAGAUAUCGAUCGAUCCUGAUGGCGAUCUUUUUGAAUGACGACACGGAGGAGAUCCCGCACUUGUUGACGGACCCCACUAUCCCUGAGGAUCUCGACAUCGACCUCGUCAUUGACGAUCAGGGUCAUACUGCCCUUCACUGGGCUGCUGCUCUGGCUUGGAUUCAGGGCUUGGAGCUCUUGGUUCAGAAGCAUGCGGACGUCCGUCGGGUCAAUAACAAUGGCGAAUCCGCGCUCAUCCGGGCUGUUCUGGUGACCAACAACUAUGACAAGCAGUCUUUCCCACACCUACUCAGCAUCCUCCACAGAGUCAUCACACCUGUUGACCACAAGAAAAGGACCUUGUUGCACCAUAUCGCGAUGAUGGCUGGAGUGCAGGGUCGUGAGGGGGCAGCGUCAAGAUAG